UUGCUUGUGAGAUUCGCCGGGACAAAACGAGCUCUUUCGACACGCGCUUUUAUCAUUUUUAUAAAAAAAGAAAAAAAGAUUAUGCGCGCCCACGAUUAUAACCAACAAUAGUGAAAAUAUAGAUUUUAUUUUUUUUCUAUGUUCUGCGAACCGUCAAAAUUAUAGUGACAAUUUGUGAUGAUUGUGCAAAAGUGAUUAUUAAGAUUAGAUUUAUCGUUGUUAUCAAAGAGAAAUCAUCAUAUAAAAUGCGAGAGUGAAAUUUAUUGUCGUUGCUCAUUGAACUUUUUUCUAGGACAUGCAAAAAAGGUCGAGAAAGGUCCAAGCGCGCUCUCGGCAAUGUCCUCCAGAGACGAUAUUCUUGGCGGCACAAACAAGGGUGAACGUACGUACGAAGAGAGAGCGACGACUCGCGCGACUGCACGUACUCUUCGCCCCAAAUAGAACGCGUCGCCUGUUGUGAACUGUAACUAGAAUAAAAUCAAGUGGCGUCCGGAAAAUCGACCGACAGCUACAAAAAUGUGAACUCCACGUGCGGAAAAGUAACUUCAAACAAUUGCGUGUGGCAGCGGAAGCUUCUGAGCGAAAAGUUCCAACGACGGCCGAAAGAGCCAGCCCUUCGCAUCCGGUCUCACGGCAGCCGGAAAAAUUAUUUUUACUUCAAUCGCGAGUGCUUCGUCGCAGCUUGCUUGUCGCGUGUUGCCUUGAACUCAUCAUUCUGUGAGCCUCUUAAAAGAUUGUACUUUACUACGAUAAUUUUUUUUUUCAUGUGUCAUAAGAACUCUAGUAUCAAAAGUGAUGUUCGUUUUUUAUAAAUUAAAAUAAGUGUUUUGUGAUAAUUUCAACGGCAUUGAAUUCUCGCAAAUAUUGAGUUAAUAAUAAAAUAAAAUAAAAUCUCGAAAUCUGAUUACAAAUUUUGUACAAAGAGUUAAAAAAUUGUUGGAACAACUUUUAACACAUUAAACUAUAUUUAGAGUGCUUUGAUACACGAACAUAAAGCAAAUGUCCAACAUGUUGCGAAUGGAGAUGGUGGGUCUUCUAUUGUUGGCCUGCACGCAGAUUUUUACGGAGCACCGCGACUUGCGCGAAUCGCGGAAUCAAUACGGUAAUCAUCAGCGAUUUCACGAUCAGGAAAGAAUAACAAGAGAAGUUCAUGUGAAGGAAGGCCGAUUACGCGGUAUGGUUAUCCGACCAAGGACCAAUCACAAAUUGCAACUGGUUGACGUCUUUCUCGGAGUUCCUUAUGCGGAGCCUCCGGUGGGAUCCUUCAGGUUUUCACCACCUCGUUCACCGCAACCAUGGACAGGGGUGAGGCAGUCGCAGGAAUUUGCCCCAGUUUGCCCGCAAGUCUUGCCAAAUCUUCGGGAAGAGGUGAAACCAGGCAGGUACGAAUACCUGGAGAGACACCUGCCGUAUUUGAGAAAGCAGAGCGAAGACUGUCUGUAUCUCAACAUCUACGCUCCUCAUCAGGCCGAGGGUCAAAGAAAUUUAAGAAAGUAUCCGGUCAUGGUGUUUAUUCAUGGCGAGAGCUUCGAAUGGAAUAGUGGCAAUCCUUACGAUGGCACUAUACUGGCAGCUUACGGCAAUGUUGUUUUCGUUACAAUUAACUUUCGACUCGGCAUCUUAGGUUUUUUGAGGCCUGGGAUUCGAGACGACACAGCAAGCAAUUUCGGAUUAUUGGAUCAAAUAGCGGCCUUGCUUUGGCUUAGGGAAAAUAUCGCAGAAUUUGGCGGCGAUUUUGACAGAGUCACUUUGAUCGGUCACGGAACUGGAGCUAUAUUUGCUAAUUUACUUUUAAUCAGCCCCGUCGCUAACAAGAAAGGCUUGUUUAAACGGGCUAUUCUGAUGUCUGGAUCGGCAAUGAGCGCGGACGCCAUCGGUAAGGCGCCACUGCAAAUCACCAAGCAGGUGGCCCAUGCUCUCAACUGUCCGACCACCAGUGACAGUGAACUGGCGAGUUGCUUGCGUAACCAGGAGGUAGAUACGCUGCUACACGUGAAAAUCCACAAACCGAAAUACGUGCCGGCCUAUGCGCCAUUGAUCGACCGUGCCGUCAUCCCCGACAAACCGUCCAAUUUAAUGGAGAACGCUCAACUCUUUGGAAGGUUCGAUUUGCUGUACGGCGUGACCGAGUCCGAAAAAUUUCACAUCCUGCCACCAGUUGCUUUGUUGCAUGGCAUGCUUGAUGGACAACGAGAUGAAAUUUUGCGAGAUUUUGCCAAAGCAACUCACGAACUGGAGCCAGAGCUGAUUUUGUCGAAGGAGCUGGAGCAAUACAAGCUCGGCAACUUUUUCAACGGAUUCACGAAAGACUACGCCACGAAGAAUCGAGACAUGGUGCUGGAGGCGUUAUCGGAUAGCGGCACCGUGGCGCCGUUAAUAAUGACUGCCAAUUUGCAUUCAAGGGCGAACCCGAAGAGCUACAUGUACGUCUUCUCGCAUCCGAAAGCUAUGCAAGACUACUCUGGCCAACAACAUCAACAUACCGUGCACGGCGAGGAAUUGCCUUAUGUACUGGGUGUUCCAUUGGACGGCAGCAAGUACGACUUACGAGGUCGAUACGAUAUGCGAGAGACGCUGUUUUCAGAAGCCAUUAUGAACUGGUGGUGCAGCUUUGCUUAUCAUGGGAAUCCGAAUGUCGUCAAGCAACAAUCCUACUUGACUAAUGUGUUCAAGGAACGGGGUCAGUACGAGAUCGAGUGGCCAGAAUACGAUCCUAUCAAUCAGACAUAUUUCAAUCUAACCAUACCACCUAACAUAGGUACGCACUAUCGCACGGCGGAGAUGCAGUUCUGGAAUGAGGAUCUGCCCAAUCUGCUCAGGCACCCGAAUAAAGACAUCUCGGGCCCGACACGAUCGAGAGGACCGCGACCGCAGAUUCUCGACUUCGCCGAUGGGAUCGGCAAAUAUGCCAACACUACCGCAAAUCGAAAGUACGAAACCUACGGUGCCAGCAGAUACACAACUCCGUCAAACACAUUUUCUAACACGGACAAGCCAUUUUCAAUCGCGAUUACGACGGAUGGAAGCAUCGGGGAGAGAUCUACGGUAGAGACUGACACGUUAAAAAGCUCGUCGACGAUGAUAAUGGUGAUUGUCUUCUUCGUGGUGUUUAUACUGAUAAACUUUACGGCCUUUCUGUACAUCUACUAUAAAAAGCAGAGCGUAAAAGGGAAGGAGAAAUCGUUGAAGAGGCGAGCCAGCGAGAAGAAAGACGACUCCGUCAAGAGGUCGAAGACUGAUAAGCACGAGAACCAUUACGGCCAGCUGGGCUACAAAAGCGACAGCAAGCCAGAUCUGAACGACGUGAUAAAGAAUGACAAGGCGUACGACAACAAUUCCAACUUUGGACGCAGAUCGAAACUGUCGCGGCAAAACUCCAGUUCCACCAUUGACACUCACAUCAAGGUCAGGGAGUGGAUUCAACAGGAGAUUGUACACAGAUGUUCACCGAGGUUUUUGCGCAAAACACGAGAAACGUUGCAGAAAGAGCAUCAGGAGAAAUUAAACAAGCAGCAGCAAGAAGAGAAGCAACGUAUAAUAGAGGAGGCGCUGAAAGAAAAAAAGGAUGAACCGAUCUAUGACGAGAAUCCGGCGCUCGUUGUGCGUCCCGGAAAAAAGUCGAAGCUGCCGAAAGUUUCCGUGGCGAUUGACGCCACACCGGCGACGAGAACAGAGUCCAUCCUUAAUCAAGUGCCGAUCGAGUUAAUGAGGAGCAUCGAUGUGUCAAACGAAUACGAACCGAGCGCGGAUCAGCUGAUGACACCCGAGGUUAUUGUCAUCGAGCAUCAUCACUCCAGAAGCGAUCCUCUACCGAUGGAGAACGUUCUGAAGACGAUGAUGCCGAAUUUCUCUACUCCCAGAAUUUACGAGUCUGAUACAGAAAGCGCGAAUAGUUUGUACGCUAAGAUUAAUCCCAAGCUGAAGUCUCGUCUGCCUCGUCCCGGCCCAACAAACGUCGAAGUAUCCAAUCAAUCAAAGUACGAGAAUCCUCCCGGCGAAGAAAUCUAUAUAAAGAGCGGACCGAUUUUAACGACCUUUGGCACAGGCGACGUAAACGUCACGUCUCGGGAUCCAAUCGUGGAGAGAGAGUGCAUCAGCCCCGAGGAAGCUUUGCAGACAAUCAAACGCCGAAAUUAUCCCAAGGUGCUACCGGAUAUCGAGAAGAGGCGAUCACUCCCGGCGCCGAGUAGCCUCUUUAUGUCGAAACAGCAUGCGAAUUCGUUGAAAGAUUACAAAAACGGAAAUAGAAUAAAUUUAUCUUCGAGUCAACCGCCAUUACCACCUCCCAGAAUAUUUGGACCCUCGAAAAGCCUCGAAAAGAGCGUCUUUUUCGCUGAGGAACACGAAAAUCAAAGCGAGAGCGAACCGAUCACGACGAAUCUGCACGUGGGCCCGUUGCUGAAAAGACAGGAUUCUACCAGGAAUAACUCCGAUCCUAAUAUAAUAGAUUCUUUGGAGGAAAGUAGAAGUGUUCAGCCCGGCGGAAGCGUGGAUACCAUUUACGCUAAUCCAAAGUGUCCGCUUCAUGGAGGUCAAUAUCGCUUCCCGCCGACCUCGCACAGUGUCGACGAGGAUAUCGGCAAAUCCAUUGCACUCUUGGAAGUGGGCAAUCCAAAUUGGUACAAACCAAGCGAGUCUCCGGCGGUAAUGACGACAACGGCGUCCGAACCGCAAAUCGUGGUCGGUAGGAACGAGAGAGACGCAGCGAUGGAACCGAAGAUCGUGAUCACGCCAAGAGCGGUUAAUCCAUGCCAGGCCAAUCAAUAUCCGACUCCGUCGACACCGGCAUCCGAGGACAACAAGAUCGAGCACGAACCUGACACGGUUUCGUGCGAUCCAGCGCGAGAUGGAGGAUCAUCGGAGAGACUGGACGAUUCGCCGGCGGAGAGAAGGGAGCCGCGGAUAAUCAUCACGCCGCGAGAGCCAAAAAAUUGCGCCCCGGCGAGCAAUCUGAAGCAGCCGAAGAUCAUCAUAAAGCCAACGGCGAGUCUGCCGAGAAGCCGGGAUCAGAGGAAUAUACCGAAGGUGUCAGCCAUACCGUCGCCGGAACAACAAAAUUCCCAGAACAUCGAGAGAGACAGGGCGCUGGAGCAGAGGGAGAAGCCGUCCCUGAGGGAAAAGCCGAGGGUUACGAGGAUACCAUCGUUUUCGCGCAGACGGGAGGAGUCCGGGAUUGAAAAACCGUCGUACGUAGAGAGAGCGGAGAUGGCGUCGAGGGUAGAGACGGUGCCCAGUAAAAUCAUGAACGUGCCAUCGACAUUCGACGCCAGAUCGUGCAUACCGACGCCGACGACAACGCCGAUGAUGCCGAGAAGCGAGAGGACCCCCAGCACAGACUCGUCGUCCGCCAGCAACGGGAAUUCCAGUAACUCGAAUACCGGUACGAUCAAACGCAAACCGGCGAGCAAGAAAUAAUUGGCUCUCGCGCCACGCGAGUCUAAUCUCGCGAAUGUAGAUUCGGGAUCUCACGUCGGAUAUUUCGAUCAGAUGUUGAUGCGAUUAUAGUUCUCGAUUUUUUUUUUUACGUCACAAAGCGUUUGCGAGUAUUUAAAAUAUCGCGAUCAAAUAAUGAAUGGAAAAACAAUCUUCUCUAUAAAUUUCACGUUUAAAAUUUUUUUACGUAUUUUUUUUUUAUCUAUGACACUACAAAUUCAUAAACCAAUGAAACAAUUAUAUUCUUCUUAUAUAAGAUUAGCAUUAUUUAUUAUUAUUUCAGAGUGCGACAGAACAUUUUAUUUAUGUGUAACUUUUUUUUAUUAUUGUUAUUAUUAAUUCUACUAUUUUUCUACGACUAAUUAAAAUUAUGCAAAUAAAUAACAAAUAUAAUAUAAUUGUAAAUUGUGUAAAUAUUAAUACUAUCGAUGUUUAAGGCAAUAUAAUAUUAUUAAGAUUUAAGUCUAUGGAGCAAACUGUAUUACAUAUUUAUAAGCUGUCAAGACUGCUCUAAACAACUGUUGAUUGUUUGAACAAUUUUAUAAAUCAAUUUUGGAUAUCAUUAAUUAGACGUAAUCUGCUAGUUGUUAAUAAUUUUCAAAGCGCUCGCGCUCUUUUAUACGCGUGUAACUUUAUACGAUGAAAAUAUAUGUU